AUGAACUGUGUAUGCUGCAAGAAAAAGCCUCAGGAAGUAGAAUAUGUGAAUUCUGAAUAUGGAAAGAACGCAGUGAGAAUCCUGUACGUUAGACGGGAAGGCCAGGUACACUGCAUUAAAGAACUGGCAAUCUCUGUACACAUCAGACUCAACACUGUGCGUGAAUACUUGAAUGCCGACAACUCCAGAGUCAUCCCUACAGACACCAUAAAGAAUACAAUUGAAGCCCUGGCCAAAUGCAAUGGGGUAGGUUGCAAAACCAUUCAUCUUAUCUCCCUAUUGCUGUGCCAGAAUUUCAUUAAAGCCUUUUGUCACGUGGUGUAUUGCAAUGCCUUUAUCCAAGAGGUUCCCUGGCAGCGCCUAGAAAAGGACAAUACUCCCCAUGCGCAUGCUUUUCUCUACAGUUCUGAAGGAAUUCGGUUUUGUGAAGUGGAACGGACUCAGGACAAGCCUCCAAUUGUUUUUUCUGGCAUUAAGGAUCUAAAACUUAUGAAAACAACCCAAUCUGGAUUUCAGGGCUUUCUUAAAGAAAGAUACACCACACUUCCAGAAAGGAUAGACAGAGUGUUGUCUGUGGAAACACUCAUCAAAUGGUGCUAUGGUGACUGCUUGGAUGGCCUUGAUUAUGAUUCUAUAUGGAGAACUGCUCAUGAAAGUAUCCUUGAUGCUUUUGCUGGUCCACCAGAAACAGGCCAUUACUCACCUUCUUAUCAGAAGACAGUCAACUGUAUUCAGACAUACAUUCUGGAAAGAAUCCCACAGAUUGAAGAGGUAGAAGUGAUCCUGUCUAACAUCCACUAUUCAGUGACAAAUUUAGAAAAACUGGGAAUAUCCAAUGACAAAGAGAUUUUUACACCUCAGGAGACACCAUUUGGUGCUUGUGCAUCCACACUGCGUAGGAAGAAUUGUUCAAAAAACCUGCGUCUUAUGCCAGUAGACUGCAAACCCCAUUCUUCUAUUGGGUGGAAAUUUAGCCGUGGAAUUUAA